AUGAUCGCUACAUCACAUGUUGAAUCUGUGAACACAUGUCUAAAGCAUUUAAUAUAUAAUUCAAAUACUUCAUUAUGUGAACUUGCCACUGAAAUUCACAAGUUGCUCAAUAUUCAAGAUAAAGAAAAUGAUUCUCAGGAAUAUAGUGCUAAUAGUUUGCAAGCUAUGCUUAAACAAAUGAUUAAGUUCGUUGAACUAGAUAAUAUUGAAGAGUUAUGGACUAUUAAUGUUAGCAACUCAUUAAAAAGCAAACACUAUGUUAUAUUAUUACAAAAUAGAUCUCAUCUAUGUUCCUGUUUGUCUAUCAUUCAUCACAGCAUUGUGUGUAGACACUAUUUUCAAGUGAUGUUAGUUACAAGUAAGACAAAUUUUCAUAUUCACCUUUUAUCUUCACAAUGGUUUUGUACAAGUGAAAAUGGAAUAGAAGAAUUAUUUUUAGUUGCAGAUAAGUUUUAUCAAGAAACACAGAAUCAAACGAGUUGCUUCUUUUCUGUUCAAUAUUUAUCUGUUCUUGAAAAAGACUCAAUAGAAGAGAAUCUAAUUGUUUUAGAGCAAAAAGUUACUUACAGAAAAAUUCAUAAAACAUACAAAAAAGCUCUUUGUAAGGUGUUACAAACAUAUUCAAAAUCUGAAAAAUUAAUCAGUUUGCUUGAGAAAUUUGUUAAUGAUAGUAAUGAAUCAAAUUUAGAAGAUCAUGAAAGUAUUACUGAUGCAGAUAAUAGUGAUAAAGAAAAUAACAAAAUUAAUAAUUUUAUAGCUUUUUGUAUUAAAAAUUCAAAAGUAUGUCAUGGUAAAGGUUGA